AUGGAUACUGAGUCAACUGUAGCAGAUGAAAGAAAAAAUGACAAAGAAUAUUCUUCUUAUUCUGAUGAAAUGAAGGCACUAUCUGCUUCUGUCAUAAACAAAGAGUUUAGUUCAAAAAUUUUGAGAAAUUCUUUGGCUGGAACACAAGUUGGAUUUUUGAAGAAAAAACUUCUUGUUCUUGAUAUAAAAGGGGUGCUAAUGGAUAUAGUUUCUCCCCGUCCAAAGGAUUAUAGAGCAGAUGCAACCAUUGCCAGGCAAGCAAUAUUCAAGAGGCCCUUUUGUCUUGAGUUUCUGAAGUUCUGCUUAGAUAAAUUUGAAGUCGGUGUAUGGUCUUCAAGAUUGAAGAAAAAUGUUGAUAGAGUCAUUGAUUAUUUGAUGGGAGACUUGAAAAAGAAGUUGCUUUUCUGUUGGGAUCUUUCUCAUUGUACUCAAACAAGUUUCAAAACUCUGGAAAACAGGCACAAGAAUCUGGUCUGUAAGGAUCUAAGGAAACUUUGGGAGAAACACUACCCUAAUCUUCCAUGGGAGGAGGGAUAUUAUAAUGAAUCAAAUACAUUGCUGUUGGAUGAUUCUCCUUAUAAGGCAUUGCUUAAUCCUCCACACACCUCAGUCUUCCCUCAUACAUUCAGUUACCAGAAUAAGAGCGACAACUCAUUAGCUGUUGGAGGGGAUCUGCGAGAAUAUGUAAAUGGAUUGGCAAAUGCUGAAGAUAUGUCAAAGUACGUCAAGGAACACCCAUUUGGCCAAGAAGGAAUCAGUAAAACAAGUAAAUCUUGGGACUUCUACCUCCAAGUUAUUGGUAGUCUUUCUGCUCUCAACAACAUGAAGACUUGA